AUGGUAGAAGGUGAAGAUGGCCGGCAUGAUGGGGAAAGCGAUGGUGGGAUGAAGGACCGGCCUGAAGUUGCUCAGUGUGGCGAUGCCACUGGUGGUGGGACAAUAGGAACUGAAUGUGUGAUCUGUGCUGAGUUGGGGGUUGAUGUUGGGACUCGAGACAAUCUUGCAUGUGAUACUCCCCCUCCCAGGAAUCCACGAAUCCUACAAGGAAGGAAGAAGUGCUACCUGAUUUUGUGCAAUAGAUGGUUCUGCGUUGAAUCCAGAAGUGCUGACAAUCCUUCAGUUAUACUGAUUCAUGGCUUACCUUCUCAGGCUUACUCUUACCGCAAGGUUCUUCCAAUACUUUCUAAAGCCUAUCAUGCCAUUGCUUUUGAUUGGUUAGGCUUUGGAUUUUCAGAUAAACCUCAACCCAAGUAUGGCUUUGACUACACUCUCAGUGUAUAUGUAACAUCGUUGGAGUCUUUUAUCAAUGAAGUUGCUGUUGGAAAGGUCUCACUCGUUGUGCAGGGUUACUUUGCACCGGCAGCUGUUAAAUACGCCAGCAUUCAUCAGGAAAAGAUUGACAACAUAAUACUCUUAAAUCCCCCUCUUACAGCGAAGCAUGCAAACCUUCCUUCAACCUUGUCCGUAUUCAGCAAUUUUUUGUUAGGUGAAAUCUUCUCUCAGGAUCCUUUAAGAGCAAGUGAUAAAACCUUGACAAGUUGCGGACCUUAUAAAAUAAAAGAGGAUGAUGCCAUGGUUUAUAGAAAUCCCUACCUCACAUCUGGGGCGGCUGGCUUUGCACUAAAUGCAAUCAGUAGGGACAUGAAGAAGGAGUUGAAGAAAUAUGUGGAGGAAAUGCGAACAAUACUAACAGAUGAGAACUGGAAAGUUCCAACUACAAUAUGUUGGGGAAAAAGAGACCGCUGGUUGACUUAUGAUGGAGUGGAGGAUUUCUGCAAGGAUUCAAAGCAUAAGCUUAUAGAAAUUCCAAUGGCAGGCCAUCACGUCCAGGAGGAUUGUGGUGAAGAACUUGGACAAAUCAUUUAUGAUAUUAUCAGAAAAAGGAGAUUCGGUUUAUGAUACUCUUUCAUUGCUUAUUUUUAAUUUUUCUUAAUUGAAAGAACAUCAUAUCAUUUUCUUUGAUUCAAAGCAAAUUGAGAGUUGAGAAUUUAAGAGAAUAAAGCUUUAAGAAGCUUAUGAUCCCGCAAUGUGGGAUAGAUAGCCCUCAUGGAACAAUAUAAAUGUAAAUUUGUCUCCUCAGAAAUAACUAAAACUACAAUCAUUGGAUGAUGUAAUGCAGAACUGAAUUGUAUAUUGAAUAAAUUGUAAAAAUAAAUGGAUAAUCCAAUUACAAGCUUAUGUU